UUAUCAUGAUUUUCCAAAUAUUCUACAAGCUUUAGCUGUGGUUUUUGAAAUGCUGUAACGGUCUUUUCAGUCUUCAUGAAUUUCAUGUAGUUUAAUUGUCUUCAAGACAGUUGCUCGUGAUGUGCAUAACACCAAAAAUGUACUGCUUUCUGUAGCUACUAAGCAUCAGCAGUUAAUGGCUUACAAUUUGUGUGGACAAAGCCUCUUCAAGUCUGACUUGUACAUUGACAAAGUGGUAGCUGUUCAGGUGGGAACUUUGGACAGUGCACAGAGGUCUGCGGUGUUAAAGUUACCACAUGUUGACACUGUAUCUAUUACUCGUAAACUCGAACUGUUUGGAACAGAAUAUUCCCAAGGCAUGAUUGUCACAGCGGGGCAUUGCCAUGGCCAGCCAGACUUUUUCAAAAUUUUGAACAUCAUUGUCCAUGGUGACAAAGUAUUAUUCCUGUCAAAGAAGCUUAUCGCCUGGUACUUUGAGCAUUAUAGGUUUUUUCAAGUAGAGGACAGUGUCUGUGGUGAAAUCACUGUUGUUGACAUCAAUGAAUUGAAUAAUUACUAUCCUUUGGCAGCUUACGUUGUUGGGGGAAGGCUCUGGGUGACACUGAGGACACACUGUUAGAGGGAUAAUGGCACUGUUGCUUAGAGUAAUAAUAUCUGCUGAUGAAGCAAGACGUGUCCAACUUCCACGAGUGCCAGAGUCGGUGGAUGCGCUCAUGGAUGUGAUAAAAGAAAAACUACAACUUCAGGGGGAUUUCCAGUUACAAUUUGAGGACCCUGAAUUCCAAAAUGCCCGCUGCAAUUUGUCACAUAUCAGAACUUCCGCCUGAUCGUGCAAUUCUACACAUUAAGUGGACAGGGCAUUCAGCUUAUCAAGAUCCCUUGGAUAUAUCUCAGUCCCUUGGAUCUAUCUCGUCACUCGACACUGCAAGCUUAAGCUCCUCCAAAGGCCCCUCACCCGCCGCCUCACCCAGCCCCUCGCCCGCUGCCUCAACAAAUUUACGGAGUGUGUCAGAGUGGCCCUCUCCAUUCCCUUUCCCCGCUCUGUCCCUUGAUGUUGAGCUGAAGUUAAGAAAAGGCAAUGAGGCAUAUGAGAAGACAAAUAAAGGCAUUGAUGUUACAAGAGACAUUAAGACAGACAUUCUUGACAAUAUUUCCCAUCCUGUUUUUGAUAUAAAAGCGUAUCCUCAGCCUCACGAACUUGCAUCCAUUGCAUUUGCAUUAAUUACCAAAUACCCAUGUCUCAGAGAGGUCGAUGGCAACGGUUAUGAUGGGUGGCUUGGCAGUAUCAGGAACAAGUUCAACAACUUCAGAGCAAAGCUGCGGCUGGCUGGCUGCAGUGAAGUUUCUCUUAAUUGCAAAAGAAAGGCAGAUGGAGGCACUGCAGCAUACACACUGAAGAAGGCCAAGCGUGGUGAGAUUAACCAUUUUCCUGAACAUCCGAAUCAGCAGGAUGAUUCCUCACUUGAACAGCACAGAAAGCUCUUGGUGGAAGCAACAAAGAUGGCCAAAAUAGAUGAGAAGUUCAUUAAGGAAACCAUGGAAAUGACCUUUUCCCUGAGGAGAAGGGAGGUUGUUGAUGAUCAGCCGAUGGUGAUUGAAGUGCAGGACAGAUGGCCUGCUUUGUUUUUCAGAGAGCAGAUUGAUGCAGAGUUCUAUCGCAUCACAAACAAGAUGCUAUUGGCAACAUUCAGAGCUGCAGUGGACAAGUACACUCCCAAACUACUUCGUCUGUACCGUUCACGAAAAGCAGCCUUUGGGAAGGCUAUGGACGAUGUGAUGGCAAAGCUUGAUGAUGAGGAGACUGAUGCAGAUGAUGUGGCUCUCCGGGGCGUGGCUGUGGGCAUUCUUUAUGUUCACGAAGAUUGUGGUCCGGGAAGAUCCACACAAGUGCAAAACAUUGCGGUAAUCCUUGAAGAGAGAAUUGUUUUGCGAGAUAUCCCAGACACUCCAACUGCUCUGGCAUACUUUUUGGCCUGCUUUACGCUCUCAAUAUUUCCUACCCAAAGGCUCUGAAGUAUACCUUUGAUACUUUACAAAAUAUCUUCAUGGAAAUGGGUCCAAAAUGCACGCAGCAUGUGCUAUCUCUGAAAAAUAAACUUAAUCUGCAAGACUUAGAGUGAAUAGCAGGUUGUAUGGUGAACUGAGUGUUCUAGUUAGAUCAGGUUCCUUUCAAUAGCCCAUAAUGUUGUUGUGUAUGUUUGGAAAAAUAAGGAUGGUGUACAACAGUUUUAUUUUAGUGAUUAUGUGGGCAGCAUGUUUGCAUUUGCACGUUUUAACUUCCUCACUUGGGCCAUGGAGGUUCAACAUUGUCUUUUUUUUUUCUUGUAAUAAUACUUUCUACAUUAUCGCUUUUUUACUUACCAUUUUAAGAACAGCUUGGUGAGAAUGCCAAGAUACCUCAGUUAAGAAAUGCACUUGUUGUGCUGUAGCUUGGCCUAAGAAACCGUGAAGAUGGCAAAGUUUUAUUUAAAAGUUUAAAUGUUUUUAUUUCAAGAAAUGGAACCCCAUGUUUGAAAAGACUUCACAUAGAUUGAAAAGGGGGUGUGUGCUCUGUAUGAAAGUUCUGAUUUUGGUAAUUGAAAUAAAGUUUAGAAGAAAAACG